AUGUGGUGGCCGAAGUAUGGGGUGGGAAUGCUGACUGCUACUUUUCUUUCGUGCUAUGGGGCGGCUACACCAGCACCAACAACAGAAACACCGUCCCUUGAGGAGAUUGCAAGGCGGUAUACAAGGAGGACGGCGGGCGGUGUUCAUCUCCCCAUUGUGAGGCAGGUGGCCGAGGCGAGCAGGCGACGCGGGUUGACGUCUGCAAUUGGGCUGGGCGAUUUCGUGGAUGUAGUGUAUAAUGUCCUCAUCUCUGUUGGCGGGACGACCAUUCCUCUUGCCCUUGACACCGGCACAUCAGAUUUAUGGGUCGUUUCCGACAAGUGUACACAGGGAUGCUUAAGCGGCCAGUCGGCAUACCCACAGGCUUCAUUUAAUUACUCUGGUGCCGAUGCGAAGCUAUUCUAUGGAAAUUCGACUACCGCGUCAGGCAUGAUCGGCAAGGACACCGUUAGCUUGGCGGGCCUGACGUUACAGGACCAGUACUUCAUCGCAGUAAACCAAACCAACACUAAGUUAGGACUGACUGGCUCAUCUGGGAUCUUUGGCCUUGGGUUUCCCGUGACCAGCGUCGUCUGGUUCAAACUAUGGAGGCUCUCCGACUACUUUUCAAGCCCAGGCAAACAAGGACAACAAACAUCCGGCAACGCUUCGUCCAGUGCGACGUCCAUCCACCGUACUUGGUCCGUCUUUGGACCCUUGCCCACCCGAUUUGUUACAGCUGCUCAGCUGACUUUGCCGAUGUACACCGUGACGCUGCAAAGGGAUACUAAACAGGUUGGAGGGAACGUGGGGAUGUUGAGUAUUGGUGAGAUGCCGAGUGGGGUGUCGGAGGAUAGUUUGACUUGGGUUCCUAUCCGUGCGUAUCCAUGGUUGCCUCCUCCCCCUGAUUCCCCGGACGAGGUGUAUCCAUAUAAUUGGGAAGUUCUCCUCGACGACGUAUACCUAGACGGCGUAAAGCUCCCCCGCUCAACACUCUCAUCACCUUUCAUCACUCUCUCUGCCCUUAUCAACAGCGGCAACUCAAUUCUCCACGGUCCCCCUGACGUCGUACGCAACAUCCAAUCCAAACUAGGCAUCAAUGGGCGCUUUCCCUGCUCCGAACCACACACCAUCGCUUUUUCUAUUGGGGGCAAACUCUUCCCCGUCGACCCGCGUGACUUUAUACAGCAGGUUAUUGGAAAUGAUGUCACUACGUGUACUUCGGUGCUUGGAUCUAAUAAUCCGCCUUCGUUGACUGGGCCUCAGUAUAGUUGGAGUCUUGGGAUCCCGUUUUUGAAAAGCGUAUUGGCGGCGUUUUACUAUGGGAAUAUCACUCACCCGUCACACGAUCCCCCUAAAAUGGGAUUCCUUUCGACCGUUCCGCAAGAUGCGGCGGCGCAGUUGGUGUCUGCUGUAGCGGCUGUCAAGGCGGGCGAUAAUUUCCCUUAUAUAUCGGAGGUGGCACCAAGCGGAACCUUCAAAUCCGCCGGAACGGCGUCCAACGGCGUACCCUUGGCCACAGCUGCAGGCCAUGCGACGCAGACGGGGUUUUCGUAG